AAGCUGCCCUACAGGCUUCUCUUGAUUCCUGCGGUGACUCUGGCAGUGUUGCACAACCCACCGAGUGUUUAGAGGGAAUAGGUGUUUACAGGGGGUAAAAUGGCUAAAAGAAGCUGACGGUGGGAAUGUGCAAGCACGUUCCGAAAGGAGAAGCAGUUUUUAUGAGGAAAGCCACCAGUGCAGAGGGACAGUGGGGGGCUGGACAUGUGUGUUUUUAAUUGGCCUUCCGAAAAACAGAGCUGUUUCCUGAGAACUGGGGGGGGGGCCGAGGGUGGGCAGUGAUUUCAGAGGCCGACUGAAAACAGAGGCUCCUCCUGUUAGCCUGUCAGAAGAUGUGUGAAUAGGGACAGGACGACUUUUCAACACAUCGGCUUUACAUACCACAACCAAGAGAGGAAGAGGAGGCCUGACUGAUGAGUGGAUAUUCCAUUUCUACUUCGGGAUGGAGAAGGAUGGCGGGAAGCCAAAGACCUAUGUGUCCACUUUUCGUUUGGCCCUCAAGCCUCAAGCCAGAAGUUUCUGUGUGGAGGAGCAAAAAGAGGAUGGGCCGGAUGCAACCAAGAGGACGUUCAUGGGAAACAACAAACUGGGAGUCUCAUCAUCAACAGACUCCAGACGGACACCCGUCCAGGUGCUUGAGACGCCUCACUUCAGACAACCGCUCAGGGACUGUACAGUCUGUGAAGGGACGGAUGCUUCUUUUCAAGGUGUUAUCACAGGAAGUCGACCUCUGAGCGUUUCCUGGCUACACAAUGGUAAGAGGGUGCACUCAAGUAAUACUUCCUUCCAAAAUGGUGUGGCCAGUCUAACUCUGAGUCAGUGUUCACAUGGAGAUGAUGGGUUGUACACCUGCGUAGCUGAGAAUACUGCUGGGAAACGCUCAAGCAGCGCUGUGUUACAUAUCACAGCAACAAAGGAAAUCCUCAGAACAAGCAACCAGCUGCACAGUGAAGUCACGUUCAAGGUUGGGUCACCCAAAAACACAGAAUUGUCUUCAGCUUCUAAAGAGAGAAGCCAGCACAGAGAGCAAGAAGACAAAGUCCCCACAGCUAACAGAGACACCAACCUGCAAACAAAAGUCCCCAGCAAAGCACCUCCGGUGGAGUUUGUAGACCCACCAGAGCAGGUGGAGGUUCGGGUAGGAGAGCAGGCCCGACUGCACUGUGAGUUCAGGAGCAGCUCUGUCCCUGUGGCCUGCUGCUGGAUUUACAAAAAGAACAAGGUGGUGGUCGGAGGGCCGAGGAUGUCUGUCCGGAGCAGUGAGACACAAAGCGACGUGGAGAUCUCUCAGGCCUGUCCAGAGGACACCGGCUCGUACACCGUCGUAGUACGAAAUGUGAAAGGCUCUGCCCAGCAUACCGUCUCCCUCGGUGUCAUUGACCGGCCCGACCCACCAGCAUCCCAACCUGUUAUUUCCCAGCUGUCCACUGAGUCCCUGGUCCUCUCCUGGACGGGUCCCAGCUACGACGGAGGCACAGCCGUGCUGGGCUACAAGGUGGAGGUCAGACAAGAGGACCAGGACAGGCCCGAGAGCUGGACUGAAGCAACGAGUCGUUGUAAAAACACAUCCUACCACGUCCUCUUAGGCCUAGAGCCUCAUGGGCAGUACCGCUUCCGUGUCAGAGCCUACAACUCAGCAGGGGUCAGCGAACCAAGCCAGGAGUCUGAGUGUGUCAAGAUGGCGACUAAAGAAGAAAAAAAGAAGGAAGAGUCCGAGUCCUACGUCACGGUGACCAUUGACACCAAACACAAGGCCAAGGACCACUACAAUGUGCAUGAGAAGCUGGGAGUUGGGAAGUUUGGCCAGGUGUUCCGGAUGUCCCACAAAGACACGGGUCAAUUGGUCGCAGGGAAGUUCUACCGAGCCCGAACCGCCAAGGAGAGAACGGCAGCUCGCAAAGAGAUCGAAAUAAUGAACAGCCUUCACCACCCGAAACUGUCCCAAUGCCUGGCUGCCUAUGAAACGCGUGCUGAGAUGGUCAUGGUCAUGGAGUAUAUUGCGGGCGGGGAGCUCUUUGCGCGCAUCGUGGACGACAACUUCGAGCACACGGAGCCCACCAGCGCCCGCUACAUGCAGCAGAUCCUGGAGGGCAUGCAGUACGUUCACAAGCAGAAUAUCGUCCACCUGGACCUCAAACCGGAGAACAUCGUCUGUGUGGAUACGACUGGUACGCGGAUCAAGAUCAUCGACUUUGGCUUGGCUAGUGAACUGGAGGAGGGCAAACCUCUGCUGGUGAUGCACGGCACGCCGGAGUUUGUGGCCCCCGAGGUGAUCAACUAUGAGCCUGUGGGCCUGGAGACCGACAUGUGGAGCCUCGGAGUCAUCUGCUUCAUCUUGCUCAGUGGAGAAUCACCCUUCCAGGGGAACAACGAUGCCGAGACUUUAGCUCUCGUGACUGCUGCCCAGUUUGAGUUUGACGAGGAGAGUUUUGAGGACAUCUCUGAUGAGGCUAAAGACUUUAUCAGCUCCCUCCUGAAGAAAGACCAUAGAUGCAGAUUGUCAUGUACCGAGGCCCUCGCCCACCCCUGGAUGGUCUCUUUUACACCACUGAACCGCAGACCCACCAAGUCCCUCAAUAAGGGGAAGAUGAAACACUUUCUGGCCAAGCGCAAGUGGAAGAAAACUGGCAAGGCUGUUUUGGCCCUACAGCGGAUGGCUAAUCUCUCUAACAGGCCAGACUCUCCUGGCAGCUCCUCAGAGGAGCCAGGCUGGAGCCAAGAGGCAGAGGAGGCCAUCCAGUCUCUGGAUAUGCAGCUUCAGAGUGAACCUCGCUUCCAGCGGACCCCGAGGGACGCCACCCUCCCCAAAGGAGCAACCGCUCGGCUUACGUGCCUCGUCAACGGUUACCCGCAGCCAGAGGUGAAGUGGCUUCAGAAUGACGAGCCGGUGUCUGGAUCAGUCAGAGUGACGAUGGAGCAGCAUGAAGACGGGCUCUGCUCUCUGGUUCUGGCUGAUCUGGAGCCUUCUGACUCUGGGGUUUAUGUGUGCAGGGCCAGCAACAAGCUGGGGGAAGCCAUGUGCUCUGCCAAACUGAAAGUGGAGAUGUGAUUGUGUGGAAAAACAACAACCAGUGGAGGCAACAAUAUAAGAUUUCCUUCAUUUGGAUGGAGACUCCUCCGGAGAAGGUUGCUAGGAGUGGUUUGACAAAGCUUGGACGGAUGGACCGUUCUUCACCACCACACUAAAGGGCUGCUUACACAUAAUUUCAAGGCAAAAAGGGGGGGGGGGGAAGAGAGAGAGAGAAAAGUCUUCUACCAUCAAGUGGAUGGAUAACAAAGUUUGGACACGCAUACCCAAAGCCCUUUUUUUCACCAGCUAUAGCGCACUUACCAAGUCGUCUUCUUAGCAUGUUAAGCUACCAUGGAAAGUUUUGUUGCACAGAAACAAGGUGAUAUCAUGCCACAGUGGCUGAGCUCGGCACCGUUCACUCACUAAGUCGCAUGGAAAUUGUACAUUUUGCACAUUUAAAUAUUGUUCAUAAAUAAAUUGGUUAAAAGUGGUAUUUUUUUUUUUCCAAGACAAGCAUAAAUAAAGUACUGUACUAUUUGGGAUUAUUUUAUUAAGGAACAUACAGCACUUCUUAUAAACAAACAUUAAAUGGGUGAGAACACUGUCAACAUUUCAUUUAAGGUUACUCCAAAUUAUUUAACUAUUCUCCUGGAUCUCCAGAUGAUAUGAAAUCAAAGACCAAAUAUCCCUUCAUUGGACAAUCCUUGUAAUAUGAAGGAAUAAUUUAAGCAGUAUUUUAUUAUGUAAACAUUGAUUUGUAAUUUAAUUGCAGGAUUUGACAUGAAAUUUACCAAGUGUGUGUGUGUGUGUGUGUGUGUAUAAAUAUUUAAGUGGGCUCGUUCUUAGAUUGCAAUUCAGGAGUUCAACAUUUAAUCUAUGGAUGUAAAAUUAUUUUCACGUCCGCUUGAUUUACCGUAAUGUCUUUUAUCCAGUCUCCUUUAUUAGUCAAUGUACAGUGUGUCAAUUUUUUUUUUAAGUGCCUAUUGUAUCUGAACGUGACAACUACUCGUAUUACAAAAUAUUCUAAUCUAUUCACAUACUUCUUAAAUACAAAGUAGCUUGUUUGAUAAUCUACAAUUCUUCAUAAGAUGACAGUGAACUUGUUAAAACAUUCUCCCAACCCCCCAAAAAACCAUAAAGAUGAACACAAACAUUAAUUCAUAUGAUUUAACGGUGGCACCUAGUGCAAUCUUUCAAUAUGGUACCUUCCUUUUCCUCUGACCAUUAGUUGCUUUUAAAAGGUACAUUCGUGCUAAUUAUACUUGGACACGAAAAUAGGACAACUUGUAAAGUGUCAUCAGCUGACGAGCCACCCACAACAUUAGACUUCACAGAGAGUUUUGGUCUUGAAAUGAAUGUUGAGCAUAUCAUUUGAGCAAGAGUAACUAUUUAAAGACAUGCUAUUCCUAAAAAAAUAUCUUUGCAUGAAAACACCUUUUGUCUGGGAUGAUUUAUGAAGUUAUUUUUCCUCACCCAUCCAUUCUUUUAACUCAGCAUCUUAAAAUUAAACCACUUUAAAAACCUGUGGGAACUCAACCAGGCACCGAGUCUUGGUAAAAGAAGCGAGAGAGCUUUGUACCGCGCCUACUUCUUUCUAAGGCACUGUUCCUUAU